CUCUUCAUUUAGCUGCAUUCAGUGGUCACAGAGGUGUCGCUGAUGUGCUUCUCAAGAAUGGAGCUAACGUUGAUAUUGUAGAUGAUUUGAAUACCACAGCUCUUCAUUUAGCUGCAUUAAAUGGUCACAGAGAUGUCGCUGAUGUGCUACUCAAGAAUGGAGCUAACGCUAAUAUUGGAAAUGAUUCGAAUACCACAGCUCUUCAUUUAGCUGCAUUCAGUGGUCACAGAGAUGUCGCUGAUGUGCUUCUCAAGAAUGGAGCUAACGUUGAUAUUGUAGAUGAUUUGAAUACCACAGCUCUUCAUUUAGCUGCAUUAAAUGGUCACAAAAAUGUCGCCGAUGUUCUCCUCAACAAAGGCGCCAAUAUGGAUGUCAUGACUAUUAUUAAUCAUACACCUCUUCAUUCGGCAGCUAGGAAUGGUCACAAGGAUGUUGCUGAACUUCUCAUCAAAAAAGGAGCCAAUAUGGAUGUCAUGACUAUUAUGACUAAUGAUACACCUCUUCAUUUGGCAGCUAGGAAUGGUCACAAGGAUGUUGCUGAACUUCUCAUCAAGAAAGGAGCCAAAGUUGAUGUUAGAAAUCUUGAGAAUCUAACACCUCGUCAGUUAGCUGUUAACCAUGGUCACCAUAAUGUCGCCAAAUUUUUUGGUAAAGGAAACCGAAUUAAUAUUGAAGAGCAAUUGGAAUAGAUUCAAUAUGCUGCCAACAAUGAUAAUGUUG